AUGGGUAACUAUAAAUCGAGGCCAGCAAAUUCUUGUUCAGAUGAGUUGAAGAAGAAAAUCAGUGAAGGCUAUGGCGUUCUUCGGGCGCGCUUGAACGAGGACUCCUGCGAUGAGGAUACGCUCUUGCAAACAUCAGAAGACGAAAUAGGAGCGGCGAGCAAGAACGGGUUCUAUCGUCUUCAGUUGGCAGUUUACAGAGGGGACACCGAUGCGGUGCAACAGCUGCUCACCCACGGUGCUGAUGCGAAUGUCAUGGGCGCAAACAAAAUACCCCCAUUGCAUAUCGCCGCAAUGUGCGGAUUUCACGAGAUUAUCCAAAUACUUCUGGAGUCGAAGGCUGACGUUAACUUGCAGGAUUGGGUGCAGUUUUCACCGCUUCAUGUUGCGUGCUACUUCAACAACGAUGCGGUACGAAAAUUUUGCGUUUUACAUGGCCUGUAG